AAUUUUAGAGUUAAACCAGGUGCUAAACGUUCUGUAACUUAUCUGGUACAUAAUUGUAGCAGCAUGGCCUUGUUAAUGUAAGUUUAUCUUGGACCAACAUCCAUCUCCUCCAUGGCUCCAUCCCUGGAGCUGAAAGUGGCCCAGCUCUAGGUUCUGUUUUUUGAUCUUGAAUGUGAAGAAUUACAUUUUAAAAAGAAAAAUGAUAAAAUAAUAGUACUAGAGAAGAAACGGCGUCGGCAUGGGGUGCAUUACACAAGCUGCCAAGUGUCCGGAGUCUGCCACAAAAUCCCACUUACCUAGCUUGUAGCUGCAGGCUGCGGGCGUCCCACUCCCACUACCUUUCUCAAAUUCUUUACCUUACUUAAAUUAAUUCGAACUCCCCAGUCAAAAUUACAGGUGUCUGGUCAGAAAGAAGGAAACGCCCUCUUUGUCUCAGUCUCCACUCUCUUACCAACCCACCUUGUUUUCUUCAGCCUUGAAAAUCACUAUCCCACCAAAAAAAACCCUAAAAACCUUAGCCAUGAAUCCCACACUAGCCACAUUAUCAUCACCAUCCCCCUAUUUCCUUCCUCUCAAAUCAUUUUCUUCUUCCUCUUCUUCUUCUUCUUCUUCAUUUCUCACUUUUCCUUUCAACAAACCUCUCAGUCUUAGGGCUUCUUCAGCAAAUCAUGAUUCCAUUCCCAUUUCUAAACAUAACAACAAUAACCAACUCCUCACUCAAAAGCUCCAAUCCUUUGCCAAAACAGCUAUUUUACUUGGUGCCACCACUAUGAUGAUUGGGAAGUUCUCCCAAUUUCCUGCCAAAGCUGACUCCCCACCAACAGUCACUGAACAAACAACUGCCAUUCUCGAAGAAGAAGAAGAGCAACAGGAAGAAAAAACUCAAAACCCAAAACAAACUUCCCCACUUUCAGAGUUUCUGGAAUCUAAUUACGAAGCCAUUGAGGCAUUAAAGUCCCUUUUACAACAGAAGCUCGAAAACGGCGAAGACGAAGAAGCUCUUACUAUCUUGAAUCGUUUGGUUUCUUCUCAACCACAGGUAACUGAUUGGAAAUUCUUGUUAAUAAGGUUGUUAAGUAAAAUGGGUCAAACGGAGAAUGCACGUAAAAUGUUCGAUGAAAUUCUUCAAUCAAAUCCGCUCUCUUUCGAGGCUUUGUUUGAGAAUGCUUUGUUAAUGGACCGUUGUGGGGAAGGAGAAGUCGUGAUCAAGAGGUUAGAAGAGGCUUUAGCUAUUGCCCAAGACGAGAAGAAAGUCCAAGAAGCAAGAGAUGUUCGACUGAUAAUGGCGCAGAUAAAGUUCUUGCAAAAGAACGUUGAGGAAGCUUUGAGGAGUUACCAAGAAUUGGCCAAAGAAGAUCCAAGUGAUUUUAGGCCGUAUUUUUGUCAAGGGAUGAUAUAUAGUUUGCUUGAUAGGAAAGCUGAAGCUAAAGAACAGUUUGCAAAGUAUAGGGAGCUUUCACCAAAGAAGUUUGAGGUGGAAGGGUAUUUGGGGACAUCUUUAUCAUGAAUGAAAUUGUUUGGGACCAAUGAGGAGAAUUGAGUUUUGGGUGCUUUCCAAAAUUUUCUGGCAUUCAGGUGGUAUACAAUUCUUGGAGUUAAUCCUAUGCCUUUUACUAAGUUUUGUUGAUUAAUGUUUUAUUAGGCCUUUAAACGUUAUUGAAAAUGGUAUAAGUGAUGUUGAAACUUCGAUGUAAGUUUCAGAGGAUAGUUAGAGAAAUAAGGAGAUGGGAGUUUUUGCUGUUUCAGGAAUGAGUUGCUUAAUGACAAUUUUUGGCUUCAAUAAUAUGCUCAACUUGAUGGGCUUACGUACUA